AUGAGAGAGAGAGAGAGACACACACACACAGAGACAGAGACACAGAGGCAGAGACAGAGAGGCAGAGACAGAGAGGCAGAGACAGAGACAGCGAGAGAGAGACAGCGAGAGAGAUGGGGGGGGUGUCAUGGGUACAAGCAGCAUCAGAUUUGCAUCAGCGUCAAAAGUCCCUUUUCUAACAUCUGCGUCCAUCCCUCUCUCUUUUUUUUCUUUCCCUUCUCUCUCUCUCUCUCUCUCUUUCUAAAUCUCUCUCUCCCUCUCUCUCUCUCUCUCUCUCUCUCUCUCUCUCUCUCUCUCUCUCUCUCUCUCUCUCUCUCUCUCUCUCUCUCUCUCUCUGUGUCACUCUCUCUCUCUCUGUCACUCUCUCUCUCUUGUUUUGUUUACACAUACCAUUCAAAGGGUUUUCUUGUGUACAUUCCCCACCCAACCCAGAGUGACCCCCCAACCCAUGCAGACCCAACGGCACACUUAACACGGUGA